AUCAUUGCUCGUGGCAGCGUCGCUUAGUAGUUAGGUGUUUGUAUGUGAUUGUGUAUUUUUUUUUCAACUUUCUUAAUAAAUUAAUGAAAAACAUUUAUAUUAUAAAACGCAUGUGUAUUACAACUAUUAGUAUUUGUAGUAACUAAGAAAAUUUGCUCUUAAUCGUAUUAAGUAUAAGAUUCUUCAUUGAAAGAUAUUUUGCUCUGACAUACAUUAGAAAAUAUGGCACACUAUAAAGGAGCAGCCAGCGAAGCUGGCAGAGCAAUGCAAUUAAUGAAAAAAAGAGAAAUCGCUCAACAAGAGAUAGAAUUAAGGAAAAAGAAAAUAGAAGAUGAUCUAAAGAUUCACAACAUUGAAAAUAAAUUUGCAACGCAUUACAAUGCAGUUGAACAACAGUUGAAAACUUCUACUAUUGGUUUAGUUACUUUAAAUGAAAUGAAAGCAAAACAAGAGAAUAUAGUAAAAGAACGUGAGCGAAAAUUAGCACAAAAGGAACGUGAAAAAGAACAAGAGAAAGAAAGAGCCCUUGCUGCGAAACAAGCUGAGAAAAAUAAGCAAAAGAAACAGAUACAAGCCUUAUCAUUUAAUUUAGAUGAAGAUGAAGUGGAGCUUUCUGAAGAGGAAGUAGAAUCAAAGAAUACUGGACCAGUAAUAAAAAAAAUAAAGAAAAAUCCAGACGUGGACACGAGUUUUUUGCCUGAUAGAGAAAGAGAAGAAGAGGAGAAUAGAUUGAGAGAAGAACUGAGACAAGAAUGGGCUAGAAAACAAAAUGCAUUAAAAGAAGAAGAGAUUGAAAUCACUUUCAGUUAUUGGGAUGGUUCUGGGCAUAGAAGAAGUGUUAUUAUGAAAAAAGGUAAUUCAAUUUAUCAGCUUCUUCAAAGAUGUCUAGAAGUAUUAAGACGUGAAUUCAGUGAGCUUAAAACAGUCAUGGCUGAUCAGUUAAUGUAUGUUAAAGAAGAUCUUAUUUUACCACAUCAUUAUACAUUUUAUGAUUUUAUUGUAACAAAGGCAAGAGGAAAAAGUGGACCUCUUUUUACAUUCGAUGUUCAUGAUGAUAUCCGUGUUAUGCAUGAUGCUUCUGUGGAAACGGAAGAAUCUCAUGCUGGAAAAGUAUUACUCAGGUCUUGGUACGAAAGGAAUAAACAUAUAUUUCCUGCUAGUCGAUGGGAACCUUUUGAUCCAACAAAAAGUUAUGAUAAAUAUACGAUAUCAGAUAAAAAUAGGAAAAAGGACAAAAUUUAGCGAAAGAUAAAGGAAAUAAUUGUACAAAAUAAUUAUUAAUGCAUAUUGUGUUCAUACAAGUUAGACAAUUUUGUUUUGUUAAUAUAUUUAAUAUAUAUUAAAUAUUAAUAGUUAAUUACAGUAUAUUUUUUGAAAUAUUAGUGUAAUAGUAUAUUUAUAUAUGUAUAAUAGUAUAUUUCAAAAAAUAAUAUAUAUAUAUAUAUUU